AUGGUUAUAGAAAUCAAGCAAGAAUUUCGUGACGUUUUAAAGAAUUUAGAAAGUGAUUUCAAGCCAAUAACUGAAUCUUUAACACAAGAAGUAAGUAACUUAAAGCUUGAGGUCAAUACCCUUAGUGAAAAAGUGCAGGCAUUCGAGAAUGAAAACGUGUGCAUUCACAAAGAAAUUGAAUCUCGUCAAACUGUUCAAACAAAUACACACUUGGAGAGUAUUGUUACGGAGUUACAGCAGCAAAUAUCCUACAAAGACCAAGAAGCCCUGCUAAAUGAUGUCGAAAUAGUCGGAAUACCAGAAUUUUCAGGCGAAUCGACAAUGCAUAUUGUGUUGACCGUUGCCUCUAAGCUCGGAGUAUCUCUAACGGACAAGACAUAG